AUGGAGGAUGCUCGCAAAGAAGAACAAGACAAGGAGAAGGGAGGAGAAGAAGUGAGGUAUCGUGGUGUGAGAAGGAGGCCAUGGGGUAAGUAUGGUGCAGAGAUUAGAGACCCAACAAAACCUACAGGAAGGCAAUGGUUAGGAACAUUUGACACAGCAGAAGAAGCAGCUAGAGCUUAUGAUCGUGCAGCAAUUGGUUUGAGGGGUGCUCUUGCAAUCCUUAAUUUUCCCGAUGAGUACCAUUCUCAUCUUCCUUUUUUAUCGUCAUCGUCGUCUUCUACUAGUGUUGUUGGAAGUUCUUCUGCUACACAGCAGGAAGUUAUUGAGUUUGAGUAUUUGGAUGACAAGGUGUUGGAAGAACUUCUAGAGUUAGAAGAAAAGAGGAAGAAGAAAGAAUAGCAAGUGAA